AUGGUCUGGUUCCCGCUCGCAGUCGAUAAUGAGGCAAUCACCUGGAGCUUCGACAUCGUCGGCCUGCUAGCCGUGGUCGGAGGGUCCUCGAUCGAAAAACAUGCCCAGAGUAUUACCGCCUCUCCUUUGGCUGGUUUUCCUCGUCUCUUGCCUGCUCCAGAGACGAUGCUCGAUACCGACCGCCCAGAUCGACUACCCUCUGUCAAGGAUGUGACCGUCGUAGGCGUUCACUCGGGCAAUCAAUUCAACGAACUUAAUUUCUUCGCCGACGUGAUCCACCGCAUCGGAGGACUGAAAAGCUUCCAGUUUCAAUCCUUCAAGAUCACAUAUAGGCAGAAAGAUCCCGAGGAGAACGGCAGCUUCCUACGCCAUGGUGUACCACCGGGUAAAGCUAUCAUCCCAUUGCACACAUUCUCUUCACUGAACCUGUUGACGUUGGUAUCGGUUCUCAUUACAAUUGCUCUGUUUGUCUGGGCCGGUGUGCAGCACGAUGCAGUCGCCAUUUUGGGACUGGGAACUAUGUCCAUCUCCACCGCCACAGCGUGUCUGUCCGCACAGUGGCGCCCAAUCCUCUCAGUCCGAGCAGCCAAGGGUAUCGUGCCCCCAGGCAACGUCGUCAUUCGUACACGUAAUGGAGCCUUCGUCGCCAUUGAGUGCAGCGAGGAAAUUGCCCGUGAGCUUUACGCCGGAACAGAAGAAUGCUCGUAUGUGUAUAAUGGACGUACCCAUCAAUGUCUUCUCGCGGUCAGCACAGUACUUCUGAUGGCUUCAAUUAUUUUCUUCAGUAACUGCGGCUGGAAGAUUCAGAUCGCUGUCGGACUGGCGUAUAUCAUUCUCAACCUUGCAUACUGGGCUUUGGCGCUCCUAACAGAGCCGCAAGACCUCUGGAAUUGGGAGAGCCGAUACCGAAAAGAGGAGCUUGUUAACGAGAUCUGCCCAAACUACACCGUGGCAAUGUGGAAAGCUAUCCAGACAACCGGGAAUGUCCGCUGGAUUAAAAAGGCUGGAUUUGCGCCGGCGACGAAGAAGUGGAAUGGAUGGCUGAAGGAGGCGAAGGAGAACUGUACCAAUGAAGAGUGGGACCCCGAGGCGGCGCGUGAUCGAUGGAUGCAGAAGGACCUAGAGGAAGAAAAGGAGGAUUGA